AUGGAUGUGAUCCCCAUCGAUGGGCAGAUGGCCGGAGGCUCAGAGGCUCAACAUACGUGGCGAAUGGUUAUCCGCCUCUGUUUGUUGGGGCUGAAGUUCUCUGCGUUUGGCACGCUGAUCAGCUUCGUCCUGACGCCCAUUUAUGCGACAGCAGGAGGUGGACAAAGUGGCAUCUUUGCUCUGACGAUCAGCAAUCUGUCCGCUUCCGAUGAGCAAUACGUGUUUGGGCUCGUGGUUGCCGGAGCGUACUUUCUGGUGUUCUUCUUCAUUUGGCUCGUUCGAGCUGAAUGGAGACAUUUUCUGAAGCUUCGUCAAGAGCACUUCUUGCGAAGAGCCAAAGGAGUGGAGGGUUUGACCUCGGCUCAGGCUCAAUACUCGCUGCUAGUACAGCGUUUGCCGAAAAAGCAGCAGGAUUCGAAGGCCAUCCAAGACUUGUUCUCCAGCAUCUUUCCCGACAGGGUCCACUCAGCGGUGUCUCAGCGAGACACCUUGCUGUAUUACCACCUGCGGGCGCUGAAGAAAACUAGUGACAACCUGAUGGUGUGCUCUUGCUGCCAGGGCUGCGUCCAUCGGCAGUUGGAGCGGACCGUGCAGCUCGAGCGCCGGCUCGCCCGAACCUACAGGGAGACCGAGAACGCCUUGCAGGGCUUUGCUCUCGAUGGACAGGUGGAGGAGGCUCUCAAUCUGGUGCCCUUGCCCUUCGAAAGCCGACCCAGCAAGUCCAAGGCCUGGGGGAGACCGGAACUGCGGAGGUCCUCGCACCUCACCAGCGAGCAGAGCAACGCCCCUACCAGCACGGGCUUUGUCACGCUGAGCAGCCUCAGCGAUCGAGUGCUUGCUGAGCAGGUGACUCUUUUCGACCACCCCGAGCUGCAGGGCAUCCUCGUGGAGCCAGCUCCGGAGGCUGAUGCGCUUAUCUGGGAGAAUGUUCAGAUACCCUUUGACACCGUGGAGAGGCGGAAGUUGAUGGGGCGUCUCCUUUGCGGUUUCGGGCUGCUGUUCUGGUCCCCGCUGAUCGGCUUCAUCAACGUCAUCUCUUCUGUCCAGACCCUGGAAAUGAAGCUUCCCCCAGAGUGGUUCCGUUAUCUUCAAGAUCAUUUUUCGCUGGGAUAUAACCUGCUUGUCAAUUACCUGCCCGUCCUCGCUCUUAUGGUGGUGCUCUUGAUCUUGCCAUGCGCUCUGGAAUUCAUCUCUGUGUACAUCGAAGGGCGGAAAUCGAUGAUCGAGGUCUCGCUGUCGGUAUCAGGGAGGAAUUUCUGGUUUCAAUUUUUCUCGCUUUGGUUGACAGUAUUCAGCAGCUCGCUGUCGUCCUCAGUGCAGCAGAUAUUGGAACAUCCAGCGUGUAUCGCCAGCAUCUUGGGAAACUCCAUCCCCCAAGUUUCCGUAUACUUCACCACGUUUGUCAUAGCGAGGAUCGGAAUCAGCCUGCCUCUUCUCUUAGUUCGCGUGGACGUGUUGCUGGCGCUCUUUAAACCGCAAAGCUCCAAAGCCGGGUGCUCCGGCAGCGACACGGAUGGGGAGGCGCAGGUGGAUUCUGAUUCCGAGGGAGAGGAGGAGAGAGCGGGGGAGGCCGAGGCGCCGGCGCCGGUGUCUUGCUACUUCGCCUCCGAAGUGACCAACAUCACAAUAGUCUUCGUUCUGGCCCUGAUGUACUGCGUGGUUGCUCCGCUCAUGAUGCCUGCUUGCUUGAUCUAUUUCGGCGUGGCCUUCAUGGUGUACAAGUGGCUGUUUGUUCAGGUUUACACCAAGGAGUUGGACCUGAUGGGUGAACUGUGGUACUCCACUUUCUGGGGCCUCAUUGUGGGCCUGGCCUUUGGUGUCAUUUCCCUGGCGGGUCUGGCCGCGGUCUACCGCGGGGCCAGGUGUCCCGAGUUCUGGGCCUUGUGGACGCUGGCCUUCAUCAUCGCCGCCUUUGCGCAGAACUGCGAGACCACCUUCAAGAAGCAGUCGCAGGUGCUUUCUUUUCAGGCAGCUGUCACAGCUAAUGCCUCGGCCGAGGCACAAAGCAUGAGCUUCAACAGCGCCUGCUAUCUGGAUCCCAUCCUGAAGGACAUGACGGAGCAGGAGCUGACGGAGAUCCAGGAGCACCUGGAGGAGACGGCGUCGGUGGGGUCGGCGGCGUCGGCGGCGUCGGAUGAAGAAGAGUCUGAACAUGGCGAGCAGAGCGGGUGGCCGCCGCUUGGCCGGCUCCUCCCGCUGAUCAUCCUUGCGAUGCCAGGCUCGUGGGCAAUCGCCGUGCCGAUGAUGUCCCUGAAAGCCCACGAACCGAUGGGGAUCGUUUUGUCGGCAGCAGCGGUGCUUCCACCGGCUUGGACAGGGCAGCUGCUGUUCCGGACUGCGGCCGGCGCUGAAUUCAGUCAAAUUUGCCAGGCUGACUUCUAUGCGCUUCUUGCGGGGGUUUUCCAGUUCGCACUCCUGUCGGCUGUUUCGGCGUGGCGGAUGCCCACGGCGAAGUUUCCGCUCCCCUUGGUGCUGGGCGCAGUGCAGGGAAUGGGGCACCUGGUUGGAGUCUUACUGGUCCCACUCAUCAUGGAGACGCCCAUGCAGGAUGCCAUGGUGGUUGAAAGUCUUCUUCUCCCGAUCUUUGCCUUUCUCCUCGUCGGUGCGAGCGCGCAGCUGACCUGGGGCGUGCGCUUCCAGCUGGACGAGGAUUCCAGCACCUUGGCGGCGCUGAGGCGGCUCCAGCAAGUGAACUGGAAGCACCGCGGUCAGGAUGGGGAGCCCAGCAGAACAGGCACGGGUCCAAUGGUCGGGGUGCUGAACCACUACGAAGAGACCAUCCAUCAGGUGGAGGCCGUGUUGGAUGCCAUAAGCAAGCGGCCCAAGAUGUCCAAGGAGGUGGUCUCCGAAUUCGGGGUGGCCUUGCACAAGAUCAAGGGGACGCUGACAUCGGGAAAACUUUUUAAGACGGAAGUCAUGGCACCGAGAUUCGAGCUGGAUCCGCCGAAUCCCGGGAUUUGCCCCGUGAUGCCAUCGCUGAGCGAUAGCUCUUUGCGCGAGCAGCUGAGGCAGGUGAGGUCCAUGGUCGACAACGAGCCGGUGGAGCACAUCAAGCCGCGGCUAUCGACUGGGUCGGAGCACAUGGAUCAAUCAGAGUCGCUUAUCGUCGACGACUUGCCGGGCAAUGUUUCGGAUGGGCUCAAGAAGCCAGUAAAGUCCAGCAACCGCCUGGGCCCGCACCCGCACCGGAGUCGCUCGGGGCCUGGGCAGAGCUCGCGCUCCGCCCGCUCCAACCGCUCGAGUGGUUCGAUGCGCAUCGACGAUCAGCUCAGCUUCUUGGCUCAGCUCCAUCGAGGUCGUUUCAACGACAACGACGCGGAAGACAACGAGAUGCCAGAGCCGAUGAACAAGAAAGACACUGCUUUCCUGGGUCGCUGGAAGUUUGACGCCUACGCUUUCGAACGCCAGCACGGCAAUGCGCUGCUACACGCUGGCUUCACUGCGGGUGCCGAGUUCCUCUCGGAGGCCGGUGUCUCCAACUAUCAGCUGGUCCUGAGGGGCUUCCUGCAAGACGUGCAGAGACAGUACCGUGACGUCCCGUACCACAACUACAUCCAUGCAGUGGAUGUGCUGAGCUCCUGCAUGUACUUCAUGUUCGAGGACCGGCGCGUCAGUCGCCUGCCGCUGUCUCCGAUCCCCCGGUUGGCAGGUUUCGUUGCGGCUGUGAUUCAUGAUGUCGGUCACUUCGGGAGGACCAAUCGGUAUCACAUUGCUCGCCACGAUCCUGUGGCCAUUUUGUUUAAUGACCAGUCCCCUCUGGAGAACAUGCACUGCACCAUCGGUUUCAGCAUCCUGCAGCAGCCGCACGCGGCCCUCUUCAAGCGGGAAAAGGACCAAGAUGGUUUCAACGAGUGUACAGGCUUGCCGGAUGCAGACUUUGCACUAUUGAGGCGCAUCGUGGUGGAGAGCGUGCUAUCCACGGACAUGGCGAAGCACUUUGAAACUUUGGCCAGGUUCAAAGCCUCGAUCAACUUCUGCGAGUCCCCCGCAGACCAGUCCCGGUCCAACGAGGAGCCCCCGAUCUCCUCGGAGUCCUUGGCCGACAGAUCUGCCAGGGUGGUCUCUGUGUAUUUGAAGGCAGCAGACAUCGGCCACGCAGGGAAGCCCACAGACAUCACGAAGCGGAUGACCAUUCGCAUCCAUAUGGAAUUUUUCGCGCAGGGCCACGAAGAGCGGCAGCUUGGCCUGCCGAUCUCACCCCUGUGUGACCGGAGCGACGUGAACAUCCCGAGUUCUCAGGUGGGCUUCCUCCGCCAUCUCGUGAUUCCCUUGUAUCAGGCUGUCCACUUCUACAUAACCAGCGACGACCUCCUGAGCGACUGUCUCAACCAACUCGAGGCAAACCUCAGCAACUGGCAGUCUCCGACUCCCUGUGUCGUCAACGCGGAUGUGCCAGAAGUCCUCUCUGACGACGAAGGGCCCGGAGGGGCAGACUCCUGUGCGGUCUCCUCAUUCGGGGUGGGUGUCUUCCCACAGGAGCAGAUAGUCAAGCUCAUCAACGGGCCUGGGAGCUCGGAUGCGGUCAAACGCCUGAGCAUCCGGCCGGGCUCUGCCCAUGCAAAACUUCCGUACGCCGCUGCCGGCGUCCACGAAGAAGGCUUGGCGAACGCCCUGGCCCGUUUGGACGGGGCCUCCUUCAGGACCAGCUAUGGGGAUGCUUUCCGACAUCAUCCUUCGCUGAGAAACGUGGAUCUCUACGAGGUUCCGGAGCUUCCCAGGAGUGACGCCAGCGGCGCGACCGGGCCCGGCGGGCCCGGGGCAUCCUUCGGCCAGGUCACGACCUACUCGGAGAGCUUCCUCCCCUUCGUGCGAGAUCCGCCCCAGGCUUUCAAGGCCAGCCCAGAAGAAAGCGCCCUUGGUCGGCGGGCUCAGGAGAAGAUCGAGAAGCGCAAGGCCGAAACUCAGGAGAGGUACUGGGCCAUGAUCGCGCGUGCUCGGGCCCUGGAGGAGGACAACAAGCUUGGCGGGAACAUGAACAAAGACUAUUCUGCGACGCAGGGACAGGGGUCUCUUCGGGCCAUCGAGAAGCUGGUGGCGGGCGACGACGACCUGAAGUCCAACUUUGUCGGCGGCCCUGCUCCGAUCUACUGGAGAAGCGAGGCACAAGCCAACUACACCGUGGACGUGCACGGAGAGGCGGCCGCGCAGAAGUACGGUCUGCCAACACAGCCCGUUCCGCUGGCAAAGUUCAUGAAGGGCUAG